GAACUUAAAAACACAGAACUUAAUUUAUUAUUAUUACUAUAUUUAUUUUAUAAUAGAUAAACUAUUAAAUAAUUAUCAUGAGCAUGAUUAUCAUGACUGCAGUGGUCAGUAUUUAUCAAAAGUGGUCCAAUGAAGGAACAGUGGUGAACCGGAGACAGGGCAGCUAAGGCUCACUGAUGCACAUGGGGGAGCGAAGGCUGGCCUGUGUGGUCUGAUCCAACAGACAAGCUACUGUUGCUCAAAUUGCUAAAAAAAAGUUAAUGCUGGUUCUGAUAGAAAGGUGUCAGAAUACAUAGUGCACCACAGUUUGUUGUAUAUAGGGUUGUAUAGCUGCAGACCAUUAAUGGUCCCCAUGCUGACCCCUGUGCACUGCUGAAAGUGGCAACAAUGGCCAUGUGAGCAUUAGAACUGGACCACAGAGCAAUGAAAGAAGGUGGCCUGGUCUGAUGAGUCACGUUUUCUUUUAUAUCACAUGGAUGGCCAGGUGUGUGUGCGUCGCUUACCUGGGGAACACAUGGUAUCAGGAUGCACUAUGGGAAGAAGGCAAGCCGGCGGAGGCAGUGUCAUGCUUUGGGCAAUGUUUUGCUGGGAAACCUUGGGAAACCUUCUGCCAUCCAUGUGGAUAUUACUUUGAUACAUACCACCUACCUAAGCAUUGUUACAGACCAUGUACAUCCUUUCAUAGAAAAGGUAUUACCUGAUAGCUGUGGCCUCUUUCAGCAGGAUAAUGCACUGUGCCACAAAGCAAAAUUGGUUCAGGAAUGGUUUGAUGAGCACAACAAUGAGUUUGAGGUGUUGACUUGGCCUCCAAAUUCCCCAGAUCUCAGUCCAAUCGAGCAUCUGUGUGAUGUGCUGAACUAACAAGUCCAAUCUAUGGAGGCCUCACCUCGCAACUUACAGGACUUAAAGGAUCUGCUGCUAACAUCUUGGUGCCAGAUACCACAGCACACCUUCAGGGGUCUAGUGGAGUCCAUGCCUCGAGAGGUCAGGGCUGUUUUGGCAGCAAAAUGGGGACCAACACAAUAUUAGGCAGGUGGUCAUAAUGUUAUGGCUGAUUAACUUAAAUAUGUGUUUCUUAAUUUCUUUCAUUUGUACUGCCAGCAGUAAAUUGUGUUAAUGUUUAUUUUAUUUACAGUAUUUCAAUCAUUAAUAAUGACAUCACAAGCAGAAUCAAGCCUUUGUUUUGUCUGCUGGAACACAAAUGUUAUUAAGAAUAUUCAUCACAAAAGUUCUAAAAUUGUUGAACAGCCUUAGUAACAGUGGGAAAAAAUUUUCUUCACCCAACAUUGGCCCAGGGGAGCUCACUAAAUCUGUCUACAAAAUAAAAUAAUAAAAUUCCCAACCAAAUCUUAAAAGAAUAUGCAGCCAUACUCAAAAUGACUGGAUUCAGAUUUACUGGUGGUCAAGCAAGACAGUGGCAUAGUAACUUGCACUGAAGUCCCAUUUUCCAUUUGAAGUCCCCUUUCAUCCAUGUUCCUCUUUUCAACCUUUAAACAUAAUUUUUUCCACCCUGUCCCCUUGUCUAGCCUUUGUCCAAUCACAUUUCAGUGCACGUUCAUUGCACACAUAUUCUUUGCCUUGCAAGUUUUCUAUUCUUGCCUUUGCAAGCUUCCAGAUAUUUACAAAAAGGAUCAUGCUUCCUCUCCUCACUUUUGCCUUAGAUCAUAGAGUUUAGUUUAUAUCAUAUGCUUAGCAUACUAUAUCCUACUCUACAAUGGUGUACUGUGAGGCCUUACUUGUAAAAAUUGAUGGUUUUUUACAUGCAUCUUACCAUGAUAAAUUAUUUACCAUGAUUUACUCUGAUUUCUGUUACUUUGUCUCAUGUAUAUAAAACUCGGGUGAGUUUACAGAGAGCGUAGCAUGUUGUGGUGUUAUAGAGCCCCCUUCUCUACGAACACCUCCUGGUGUUCUACCAAGGUUUGUCUGGAUGUAGACUGUGAAACUCCUCUGUGAGGAUGUUGGCAGCUUGGACCCAAGAUUGCUCUUCAGGGCUUUACCCUUCCUAGUCCACCAGAUACUCAAGCGGGUCCCUACGACAUCCCAAAAGAGAAUGAAUGGAUGUUCGUGGAUGUCCAGAGGGGGAAGAGGUUCCGUGAUGGUGUUUUCUAGGUUGGGGCCAUGGUGAGCUGGUUUGAGCAAGGAGACACUGGGAGAUAUGGUAGGUUGAUGGGAUUUGUAGUCAGUAUGUGACAGGGUCGAGUAAUUUUAAAUCGACCAAUAAACCUCAGGAUUAACUUGCGACAGGGGAGUUUGAACUUAAAGUGAUGGGUAGAGACCCAUAUGUGUUCCCCAACAUGUCGGCAUUCUGUUCCUUGAAGGCACGCAAGUGCACUUUCCCAAACAGCUUGGCUCCAUUGUAUUCAGUCAUUGACUGACAUUAGAUGGACAUGACAUUAGACAUUAGAUGGUUCACCAGACCAGGGAAACAAGGGUGGUUGAUAGUCAAGUACAACAAUGAAAUGGUGUCAAACCUGUACUGUAGAAGAGUGGAUGAGUGAAUUUUGUGCAUAUUCUGAACAGAAGAGAAAAUUAACUCCAACAAUGCUGCUUUCUAUUGUAAUAGGUUCUGUGGUAGCAGCUGAUUUUCUGGUUGAGCCUUUCCACCUGCCCAUUAGAUUAAGGGUGAUAGCUUGACGUGAGGCUGACAUUGAUAUUAAGGUGGUGGCAGAAUGCCUUCCAGACACAAAGCGUGGGCAGUUUCCAUGGCAGUGGGGAAUCUGUUCAGGGGUAUCAGACAACACCUCUUGGAGAACUGAUAACAACAAGAAUUGUGGUGUAUCCAUUAGAACUGGGUAGAUCUCUGAUGAAGUCUGCUGAAAGGUGUGACCAUGGUCGUUGAAAGAUAGGUAAUGGUUCUAAAAGUCUCGUUGGGAGUUGGUGGCUAGUUUUGGCUUGGCCCAGACUUGGCAGGCUUUGAAGUAUAUUUCCACGUCCUUGGUAAGCCAGAGCUACCAAAGGGCAUUUUGGACUAGAGCUAUGAUUCGCAGAAUACCUGGGCGGCCUGAGCUGGGAGCUGUGUGUGUUCACUGAAUCACCCAAUGCCAUAAACUGGUGGGAACAUAUUGUUUAGCAAGAGGACAUUCUGGUGGUGAAAGUUCAGACUGUUAGCAUGAUGCAACUUUUCCAUUAUGUCCCAGUGCCUUUCUGUUCUUUGCACCUGGUUGAAAGUACAAUGUAAAAUGGAACCCAGUAAAAAAUAAAGCCCACCUAGCUUGGCGUUGGUUGAGGCAUUUGGUGUGAUUUAUGUAUUCAAGAUUUUUAUGGUCAGUAAUGAAUUGGAAUGGAUGUUGGGCCCCCUCCAGCAAAUGUCACCACUACUCCAGAGCUUCCUUUAUGGAUAAGAUCUCUCUCUGUUGCCAACAUCGUAGUUUGCCUCUGCGGUUGUUAAUUUUCUGGAAUAAAAUGUACAAGGGUAAAGUUUUCCCCGAUCCUAGGGUUAGGGUUAGAGUUAGGGUGUUGUAUUAUGUAUUAUGAUGUAUUAUGUGUAUUUCUGGCUAAAGAGAUAUGUCUUUAAUCUAUGUUUAAACUGGGAUACUGUGUCUGAGCCCCAAACACUGUCAGUAAGUCUAUUCCAAAGUUUAGGAGCUAAAUACCAAAACACUCUUCCCCCUUUAGUGGACUUUGCUAUUCUGGGAACUACCAGAAGUCCAGAGUUUUUUGAUCUCAAGGAGCAUGAUGGAUUGUAGUGUGUUAGAAGGCUGGUUAGAUAUGUGGCAGCUAAACCAUUUAGUGCCUUGUACUUAAGUAGCAAUAGUUUGUAAUCAAUUCUAAAUGUAACAGGUAGCCAGUGCAGGGUUGAUAAAAUUGGGCUUAUAUGUUCAUAUUUUCUUGACCUGUUACGAACUCUGGCAGCUGUAUUAUUGAAGAUGCAGGACAAUCACCGAGUAAUGCAUUACAAUAGUCCAGUCUGGAGGUCAUGAAUGCAUGAACUAGCUUUUCUGCAUCAGAUACAGAUAAGAGGUUUAUUAGCUUGGCAAUAUUUUUAUAUUGCCCCAAGAAAGGCGUCAUUCCAGCCACUUUGAGCAGCGAAAGUACAAAAUUUAACUGUGUAGUCAGCCGGGCAGUUGUAAUAAUUGCAUGGAAACAUCCAUGCAUACUGUUUAAAUGUCCAUAGAAACCAAAAGCAGCAUUAACCCGGAAGAGGGUCAUAACUCGGGCGAGGGUUCCCUCUGGCAUUUUAGAGAGAGUGUAGCAUGUUGUGAUUUUACAUGGUUUUAGGCUUAUUUCCACUGACUUAAAUUAACUUCUUUUAUUACAGUCUGUUUGGGGUAGCUGCCUGAACUUCCUAAAAAUCCUUUGCUUUUUGCAGUCAGUCUGAGAGUCUCAUAGUAUUUGUUCAAUGAUUUUCUACUUAUUUAGUUUAUAUAUCAGUGUUUGUUUCUACUUCUUUACUUUAUAUAAUUUUUUGUUUUUUAAAAUGUCCUACAUAUUCCCUUCUUGUUACAACAAAGUCAUGAACCUUACCUAUCUUUAGCAAACAUUAACAUUCAUUAUACUUUAACAUAAAAUCAUAGGAAUUACCCUACAUGUAUAAUCAUGAUGGCUUAAUACCAUAGUCCUUUGUAUGUGAGAUUUCUUUUGGAGUUGUCUGCUGUUCUUGGUGAUAUGAUAUUGGUCUUCAGGCUUUGUGUGAUUUCACAUUAAAAAGAAAGGCUUGGUGGAGGUCAGGGGAAAGGCUUCUGACAGAGUCACCGAUGAGCCUUUGGGUGUUUCUGGGGGUAUUUCAGUGGGUUUAAAUGUAUAAUGCUGUUAGUCUGCAUGUGCAUACUCAUCAAAGCUCAUUAAAAAUAGUAGUGCAUGCAAUAGUUUUAUUUAGUCUCUGCACAGAUUUUAGCCAAUUUUGCUUUUAGUGUCACAUUAGUUCUCUCUACCAUUCCCUGUGAUUAUAGAUAAUAUACAUAUCCAACCAUAUGCUGUAUUCACAAAGCCUGGAUUACUUUCUGGAUUUACCUUGUUCUACCUGUCUACCUGUCAGAUAUGCCCCAGUUUCUGCGAUUGGGGGCCUCCCUGUCUGACACAGUGGUCAAAAACAGAGGAGCAUCUCAGAGGACUGUCCUAUCUCCAUUUUUACUCACUAACACCUCAGACUUUCAGUACAACUCUUAAUCAUGCCAACUGCACCACUGCAGUGGUGGGGUGUAUUAGAGAUGGACAGGAGUACAAGGGACUACUGGAUAACUUUGUGGACUGGUGCACUAGGAAUUACCUGCUCUUAAUGUGAUGAAGACCUAAGGGAAUGGUGGUGGACUUUUUAUGUUUUCUGUAUUUAUGCUGUUCUUGGAAAAUAUUCAACUUCAAGGUCGUACUAUUUUCACAUGAUGUCAUGAAAUUGCACAUGAACAUAUGUUUUGGUACCAGCAGGUGGCAUAACAGUCAAACAGUAGAACAGUCACCACUUCUGUACAUAAAGUGACUGUCAUCACAUUUAACUACACACUUGUGCAUUUGGAGGUUAUUAUUCACUCCUCUCUUUAGAACUUAGCUAGUCAAAAGUUUGUGCUCCUCUGAGGAGACCCAGUUGCUUAUAUAUUAAACACUAAAUCAUUAGGACAGUUUGAUGUAAAGUAAGGUUUGCAGAUCUCUAGGUGGAAGGUUACAUGGAGAAAUCACUACAGACACUUAGCCAAUAGUGACAAUGCCUGUGACAUGUUUUAUGUAUAGAAAAUGCAUGCAGUUUCCUGGAAAUCAUGCAAACAAAAUUUGAUUCUUUAACUGAAACACUUCAUUCUGCCAACAUCUGAGGACACAAGUUGUGUGACCUGGAGCAUCAGAAAAAACAAAACACUGUUGUAUCUCUGCAAUCUUUGAUCCAGUGUGGCCUCUUAACUCCAACCUGGGCUUUAAGGAGUUCAAACAUUACUAAUGACAUCAAACGCAGAACACAGAAGCCUCUCUUUUCUCUCCUGGAACACAAAUGGUAUUAGAAAUACCCGAAAGUCUCCUCAAAAGUUCUCUAAAUUAUUGGCAACACUCAGUAAACUUCAGGCAGAUAUUGUCUUUAUACAAGAAACACAUAUUGGAACAUCAGGUUUCCAAGACUUAGAUGAGCAGAAAACCUGGGAUGCAUUCUUUACAGUACACAGCAAUAAAAGCAAAGGAGUUGCAAUACUGAUAAAAAAAGGCAUACAAUUUGAGUACAUAUGCCAUGAUGAGGAUUAUAGUGGAGGUUACAUUGUGCUCUUCUGUUAUCUGUAUGGUGAACUAUUCACUAUUGUAAAUUUGUACAAUCAUAAAGAAGACAGAAUUGUCUUAAGAAGACUGAAAGAGUAUUUGAUGGAAACAGCUGAGGGUGUGCUAGUGGUUGGAGGCGAUUUCAACACAGUUUUACAUCCUAUCUUAGAUCGAAAACCAUCAACUUCAAGGCAUUCACCAUUUAGAGACAUUUUAGAAGAUUUUAUUGUUUCUCUGAAUCUCAAAGAUACUUGGUCAUGCUCACACCCUACUGAAGAGGGCUUUACACGACGCCAGAACAAGAGUUACUCCAGAUUAGACAUGUUUUUCAUGCCAGAGGACAAAAUUAAUCGAGUGUGUAGCAUUAAGCCUCUUAAACAACAAAACAUUUCUGAUCAUUAUCCUCUUGUCCUGACACUCACAGUUCAAGUGCAAACUGAAAAAAAAAUCCCAAAUGUUGCCACAUUGCUGAUGGAACAUAAACACAAUUCUGACAGGAGAGCAGGGAAGAUUAGUGGAGCGGAAAUAUUGAGUGUGAUAAGGUCUUUGACUGUCUCAGAAGAAGCCAGACCUGAUGAAUUGCAAAUAUACACCUAUAAGAGGUUUCGGUGUUCAUUGACAGAAAUCUUGAAGAUACACUUCAACAACAUGUUAAAGCACAACUGUUUAUAUACGGAUUUUAAUAAGUCUUAUCUUUCAAAUCUUUCAAGAGACAGACACAUCUUCAAUGUGGACUAUUUGAUAUUCUCCCAAAUUUUGGCCAAGCGCCUCAGUGCAUUCAUUACCCCUUCUUCCAAAGGAUCAACAGGCAAAAAUCUUAAUAAUGUGUUCAGAUUGUCCUUUGAUUCAGGUGAACAACAAAUUAGCUGGUCUUUUUUGAAAGAAGCCCUUAAGAAUCUAAAACAGACGUCCUCUACCCCACCACCAGACUUCAGCAUUCUGGACUGCAUUCUGCCUAAAGUCCAAAGCUCUGGUAAAUUCAGGCGUUUGCAACCUGGCUGUCCCCUCACCAACACUAUCCUCAAUCUGGCUCUGAAGCAUCUAGGAGAUAGGGUUUUUGAUUUUAGAUACAAGUGUGAGGAUGUUGGACACCGAAGUGAUGAGAAGCAUAAGCGCAAGUGUAAGGAGAUCAUGUCUAUGGCCAGUGUUUGCUAUGAAAGACGAGUUCUGCUCAUACAUACAAAGUUAGAAGAGCAUGAAGUGGAAAUGAAAGUGAAAGAUUUCAAAGAUCAAGUAAAAAAAUCAGGAAUUAAAAUCCUUAUGCAAAGACCUUUAUAGAACACAUUCUGUUGUUUUUAUUUAUUUAUUACUUGCUAUGCAUGAUGGAAUUAUCUGUUCAGUUUAUUCAUGGCUGUAUUUAUACAUAUUUUAAUAAAAGACCAUAAUUUGUAUACAUUUUUACAAAAACAGUCUCUUUUUACAGUCAUGUUUCAUGAUUGGGACUCAUACAUACUGCGUAACGGAAAAGCUCAACAUAGUGAAUACCGUCCCUGCAAAUAUAAAAACACUAGAACUAAAAAACAAACAAACAAAUACUGCCAUUGUAUGUAUAAAUCUACAUUAUUCUAUAGGUGGCUUAUUACAAGCACAUUUAUACAUCAGGACACUUAUGUGCUAUUGUUAGGGGCCCUUUGUUGGGGUAUUUUACAAACAAGGAAGCACCAUUUCUAUUUUGAUUCAGAUUUUAUUUGAUUGCUUAAAAAAAUUAAAAUAACAAAAAUAAUACUACUACUACUUCUAACGACUACUUCUUCUAAUACUAAAAGUCUAUAAUGAGUUCAUAUGCACAUAUAAAAAAAUAUAAUUUUUUUUCUGUGUUGUAUAAUUAUGUUCAUGUAAGUUAUAUUAAUAGCUAGUCUCAUAGAAAGAUAGACCUUAGCAUUAGGAUUUGCUUUACGUUUGGUCUUGUUACCAGCUAUAUUAUGUAUAUCAACAUCCUGCCACAAGCACACACUGCAUAUCGAUGUACUGUACAUCCAAACUUUUACAUUGUUUGUACUUUAAAAUGUAUUUGUGCCAUUGCACUGUGAUGCAGAGAAGGGGAUCUUGGCUAAACAUGCCAUGCAGUGAUGUAGAGAUGUGAUAACUAAGUAUGUAUUGUGUGUCUCUUCAGUGCUCUGCAUUGGGUGAAUUCUGUUUUGUUUGGGUGUUAGAAUAAAAUAGACCAAUAUGAUUCACGAUCAUACUUUGUCACCUUAAAAGUAGUUGUCUGUGUCUGCUAAAUGCUGAUUUCUUGUUUUUCUUGUCUUAGCAAUGUGAGAAUGGCAAACAUAACCAGGUGUUACUUUCCUUUCUUCCUUUUUCCUCUAUCUUUGUGCAAAAAUGCAUGUAUAUAA